GUAAGUGUGCGCACAGGAAACAAGAUGGUGCGCUUCAAAUGGAAGAAUGGCCAGGGAAGCUCUAGUGAAGUGGUCGUUAAAGUACCAUGAUGGAACGAGGAGCGAGCCGCGGAUGGACGACGAGGUUGGGUCUCUCGGUAGCAUGAUAGCAUAUUACCUGCAGCCAAUGGCUCACAGAGGCUUUUCUGCUUAUAAUGUUUGCAAGAGUCUCUUGAUGUCUGUCCCUCAGCGUCGUCGGUGGUUGCAGGAGGCUCUGCAGGCCGUAGCUUCGGCUCCGACAGAGUCUCAGUUACUGCAGGCGGCGCUGACAGUCCUGAGAGCCCAUAGUCCAGCGGGAGGAGAUGUGGGAGAGGAGGAGGGAGAGGAAGAGGAGGAACAUCUACUGAGAACCUUUGAGGAGAUACAGUACCUCAUUGAGGACCUCGACAAUGCCAAUAACCUGAUACCAAUGAACGGUGUUGAAGUGAUAGCCAGUUACUUGGAUCACAAGAAACAGUCACUGGUGCGGUCAUCUUGUGAGCUGAUUGCCACGGCAACACAGAACAACCCCAAGACCCAGGAGGCCUUCCUAGCGAUGCUACCUCGUCUGCUGACGAUCCUUAACGACAGGAGUUACCCCUCGAGUGUCGGGGUGAAGGCUGUGUACGCUGUGUCCUGUAUGACACGGAGCUACACUCCAGGAGUGGAGAGACUGCUCUCUCUGGACGGACUGGCAACACUCCGUCUCUGUCUGGGGGCCGACGACACCAAGAUGGUCGUCAAGACUCUCUUCAUCCUCAUGAGCUACUUCUCCCCCGCCCAGGGAGAGGUGAGAGGUCGACUGGUAGCUGAACUGCCCACUCUCGUUCCUGAACUGGUCAGUCUCGUUAGAGCCGGCGGAAGUGAUGAGGUCAAAGGUCACGCACUAUCGACGCUUGUCACCAUGGCGACGCAUCAUCAGGAGGCGGUGCUGGAGUGUGGGAAGGAGGAGGUGGGUUUGAAAAGUGCUCUGACGGAUUUGGCUGAGAUUUGGUCUUCUGAAGAACACGAGGAAGAACUAAGAGAUAUCAAGAGACUGUUAGACACUUGCUUCACUGCAUAGCACUGCUUGCUACCAGGUUUUAUAGAACUGCCAUUCUGUGUGUACACUCUAUUAAUUCAUUUCCUAUCGCAAUAUUAAUGUGAGGAUUUCCUCUCACCAAUUCUUUUGCUUUCAAGUAUGAUAAUAAUACUAACAAAAAAUCAACACCCAAAAUUCAUCAAACGAAACAAUUAAUCACUGGCCAAAGUGCGAGUGUAUAAAGUCUGUAUCGAAAGGUCCAUCGGUGAGGUAAUCGGUAUAGUCCCCGUCAAUUAGAGGUUGAUUAGGUCCUCCGUGGAUCCCCGCCCCUCUCCCUCCCUGCCGGUCUCCGACGUAGAGGCAUUUGAGUCUGCGAUACUCCCAGGUGACCUUGUGACUGCUCCCGACUAUCUUGCGCGGGUUUAUGCCACCAUGGAAAGGAAUUUCAAUGAGGUAAUCGUCGGGGUUUUCCCCGUAAUUACUGACUGGUAUCGAGACGCCCCAGAAUUGACCCAGUAGCCCGUGAGACGAGGAAUUUCUGAGGCCCAAGUCUCGACUGAUGUCCAGCUGCAUGAAGCCGUGCUCGUGUGGUACACAUCUCAUCCACAGCACGGUCUCUCUGUCUCGACCACACUCAGUUGCCACUAUCACAACAUCGUUGAAGGCCGGAAUUGCUUCAGCCAACACUCCACUGCUGUUUAAGAACACCGUGCUGGUAGUGCUUCCGUCCACUAGUAGGUUACAGUGUCUGUCAAUUUCCAUCUCAAUGUUGGCUCCCUCUGCGUUUGUUGCCACCACCGCUAUUUCGUCGAUAAAAUGGAGUGGUUUAUCCGGGUCUUGUACCAUGUAGUGGGCGUUUACUGAUAGACAGGGUUCGCUCACGAGAUUGAAAUAUCUCCCCUGGAGCCCGUG